AUGGCGAACGGUUGGAGUCUAAUCAUCGGCCUCAUUUUCGUCGUGAUCGCAUGCCUAGUUGCAUGGGUGUUUAGUCCCAAGGGCGAGAACCAGACGUUAUACCGCAGCACGCUGAUUUUAACAUUUGCCUCUUGCUACUUGAUGUGGGCUAUCACGUUCCUCGCGCAAUGGCAUCCCCUUAUCGUGCCUCGAAGAUCGGAUAUCCGCCCUGAUCGUGUACCGCAAUAA